ACAAUGGCUGCACCGGCAGUUGGCAUCGACUUGGGCACGACAUACUCAUGCGUCGGGGUCUUCCACAAUGGAAAAAUCGAGAUUAUCGCGAAUGACCAAGGGAACCGUACCACGCCGAGCUACGUCGCGUUCACCGACACCGAGAGGUUAAUCGGCGACGCCGCCAAGAACCAAGUAGCCAUGAAUCCUGCGAACACUAUUUUUGACGCGAAGAGGCUGAUUGGCAGACGCUUCGAUGAUCCAUCAGUGCAGGCUGACGUGAAACAUUGGCCGUUCACGGUUGUUAAUAACGGAGGAAAGCCGAAAAUCCAGGUCCAGUACAAAGAUGAAUCGAAAUCUUUUUUUCCUGAGGAGAUUUCUUCCAUGGUACUGACAAAGAUGAAGGAAACCGCGGAAGCUUAUUUGGGGAAGAGCAUCACGAGCGCCGUGAUUACGGUACCAGCGUACUUCAAUGACUCCCAGCGUCAGGCAACCAAAGACGCCGGUACUAUCUCCGGUUUGAAUGUCCUGAGGAUCAUUAACGAGCCGACUGCCGCAGCUAUUGCAUACGGCCUCAACAAAAAGGGACGCGGUGAAAGGAACGUUCUGAUCUUCGAUCUCGGCGGUGGCACUUUCGACGUAUCGAUACUGACUAUCAACGAUGGCAUAUUCGAGGUAAAAUCUACGGCAGGCGACACUCAUCUGGGAGGUGAAGAUUUCGACAAUCGCAUGGUGACACACUUCUCGGAAGAGUUCUCGAGGAAAUUCGGGAAAGACCUGACAGACAACAAGCGAGCAGUCCGGCGAUUAAGAACAGCUUGCGAGCGGGCGAAGAGGACUCUGUCGUCGUCGACGCAGGCCAACAUCGAAAUGGACUCUCUCGUCGACGGGAUUGACUUUUACACGUCGAUCACGCGAGCUCGUUUCGAGGAGCUAAACCAAGAUCUGUUCAAGAGUACUUUGAUCCCUGUCGAGGAAGCUCUACGCGAUGCCAAAAUGGAGAAAUCGAAAAUCAAUGAGAUUGUGCUCGUUGGCGGGUCCACCAGAAUCCCGAAGAUACAACGAUUGCUGCAGGAUUUCUUUAAUGGAAAGGAUCUCAAUAAAUCGAUUAACGCGGACGAAGCGGUGGCUUACGGCGCGGCCGUGCAGGCUGCCAUAUUGCAUGGCGACAAGUCGGAUACAGUGCAAGAUCUGCUGCUCCUGGACGUUACUCCACUUUCCCUCGGAAUCGAGACCGCUGGUGGUGUGAUGACUGCUCUCAUCAAACGCAACACCACGAUUCCGACCAAACAAACGCAAACUUUUACUACCUAUUCGGACAAUCAGUCGAGCGUUUUGAUCCAGGUUUACGAGGGCGAGAGGGCGAUGACCAAGGACAACAACCUUCUAGGAAAGUUCGAGCUAACAGGGAUACCGCCGGCACCUCGCGGCAUGCCUCAAAUUGAGGUAACCUUCGAUAUCGACGCGAACGGUAUUCUGAAUGUCUCCGCGGUUGAAAAGUCGACGCACAAGGAGAACAAGAUAACGAUAACCAACGACAAAGGACGGCUCACCAAAGAGGACAUUGAAAGGAUGGUGCACGAGGCGGAGAGGUAUCAUGAGGAUGACGAGACGCAGAGGGAGAGGAUCGCUGCGAAAAAUAAUCUUGAGUCCUAUUGCUUCAACAUGAAGAGCACCGUGGAGAACCAGAAGGUCAAAGAGAAAAUUACGGAAGAUGACCAGAAACGGGUGACGGAUACGUGUAACGAUAUCAUCAAGUGGUUGGAUACCAAUACAUAUGGUAGCAAGGAGGACUACGAAGCUAAGCUGAGGGAAGCUGAAAAUGUUUGUAAACCGAUCAUAACGAAGCUGUACGGAAGUGCGGGUGUACAAGGAUUCGGAGGAUGCAGUGGCCAGACCGGAAGUCCUCCGGAUGGUCCGACAAUAGAAGAAGUAGAAUGA